AUGGUGGAAAACGUGCAAACUAACUUUAAAGGAAAAACAAAUGAUGGGAAAAGACACAACCAUUAUAUAGAUAAAAAAAAUAAAACAAAAUGGAAUAAUAAAUUUAAGAAUAAAAAUAAAAAAAAUAAUAUAAAGGAUAGAAAAAACGAUUUUCAUAAAACAAGUAAUAAUAGUAACUACACUGUUUUGGGAGAAAAAAAUAAUAGCUAUGAUAAAAAAAAUUAUCUAUCUUUUAAUGAAAAUGAAAAUUGGGAUAAUCAAAAUUAUUCUUACAUUAAUGAUUCAGAUGAUAUGUAUAUUUAUAAAAAUAAUGAAGAGUCAGAUAUCGAAAUAAAUUCUACAAAAAUUAAUAAUAAUUCAAAUCACUCCGAUUCUAAGGAUAAUGAAAAUUGUAUAAAUAACAAAACCACCGAUAUAAAAAAUGUCAAUUAUCUUGAUUAUAUAGCUAGCCUUAAAAAGGGUAGCGAAAAGGAUGGCGAAAAAAGUGGAGAACAAAAUGAAGAGCAAAAUUGCGAAAAGGGUGGCAAAAAGGGGCAGGAUAAAGUUUACAACUUUUUCCUCGUAUUUAGUCCACUAGCUAUAACGAGUAUAAAAAACAAAAGUAGCAUAAUUAAUGCCGAUGAGCAUAUGAAUUUUCUUGAAAAAAAAUUAGAAAAUAUGGAUGAACUAAUAAAUAUAACUCGAAAUUAUAGGGAAAGACAAAAUUUACAACGAACAAGAGAUAAUAUUAAAAAUAAACUUGAUAAUAUCAGAUUAGAUAUUUUAUUUUUUACAUUAUUAAGUCUUAGAGAUUCGAUAAUUAAUAAAAAAAAACAAAUACAAAUAUAUAUUCAUACUAUAAAUGGACUAUUAAUUUAUGUAUCUCCUUUAUUUCGUGUACCUAGAAAUUUUUUCAUAUUUAAAAAAGUUAUGUUAAGUUUAAUGAAAAAUAAUAUUAUUACUGAUGAAAAUAAAAAUACUCUCUUAAAAAUUCUUCCUUAUUCAGUUAAAUACUAUGCAGGAUCUUCAACGUGCGUUUGGAUAUCAAAUGAUGGAUUUCCAACAGAUGCUAAAAAGUUUGCAGAUAAAUUAAAGGUUUCGAAUAAAAAAUAUUCUUUCUUUUUUUCCCUUUCGAAUAGUUAUAAUUUAACAGAUUUCAUGGAAAAAACAAAAAAUCGAAAUGAAGAAAAUAUUAAUUUUAAUUAUCAUAUUAAAUUAUCCGAUUUGAAAUUAUCCCCUCUAGCUAUUUGUUCAAAAUUGUCACACUUUUUAAAUUAA